CUGAAAGUAGAGAUGGAUCAGUUAGGGCUGAAGAACGACGGAGUGAGAACACUUGCCCGUUUUCACCUAAACCAUCUGAAUGUGUUCAUCGGAGUUUGGCUGUCAAAAGGGUGGCUUCGCCAGUCUAAAAAAAUUUAUGACGGGAAAGGUCGCGUAGCAAUUUCUUGCUUCUUCCUACCCUCCACUCUAUAAAUCAUCAUGUCUGUCAACCCCAAGGCUUUCCCUCUCGCUGACGCUACCUUGACCAACACCAUUUUGGAUCUUAUCCAACAAGCCUCGCACUACAAGCAGCUCAAGAAGGGUGCUAACGAAGCCACCAAGACUCUUAACCGAGGCAUUUCCGAAUUCAUUGUCAUGGCUGCUGACACCGAGCCUCUCGAGAUCUUGUUGCACCUUCCCUUGCUCUGCGAAGACAAGAACGUUCCUUACGUCUUUGUGCCUUCCAAGACUGCCUUGGGCCGUGCCUGUGGUGUCUCGCGCUCCGUCAUUGCCACCUCUGUCACUACUAACGAGGGUUCUGAUUUGAAGCCCCAAAUCCAGUCGAUCAAGAACCAGAUCGAAAAGCUUUUGAUCUAAAAGUCGCAUCCGCAUACCAUAUCAUUGUAUCUUCUCUCAUCUUUCAUUUGUUUCCUAAAAAAAUUUCUUGAUGAUCAUUGUUUGUGCGGACGCCUCUCUCUAUCCCUUUCUUUAUUAUCUUAAUAUUGUUUUAAAACCUGUAAACGAACCUUUUAUACGUUUCGGUUGAAUGAUGCACUGACAGGAGAAAGAAAUCAGUGUAAAUAUAUUGCAUUCAAAAAAUAAAAUAAAAUUUGUACAUUUCUCUAACGUGGAUGUUGUAUUCGG